AACUUGAAAUUCAGUCUUGGGGCGAAAAUGUCCCCGCUAUUUUCAAACUUCGUGACGAAAUUACCCCUGCGUUUUUUCAGCGCAUCACCCCCAUUUUCGAUAGACCCGGCCAGUUCUCAGCCCUAACGCGAGCUCCUCCUCUUCAGUCUCCUCCUCUCCUCCGCUGUCUCGAAGGCAACGCUUCUCCGGCGUCUCCUCCGUUGCACCGCCGAAAACUAAAAAGCAACUGAAAUGGUUGGCGGAAGAUCAAUCCACCAGUUACUGAAGAGGAAACUUCAUUCUCAAUCUACUGCCCCUCCACUUUUGUCAUCCCUUCUUUCAAAAAAAGGUUAUAAUGGUGUUGGAUCUGCUGGCAUGAAGUCCUUAAGGGCAUUUGCACUUCUUGGAGCGGGCGUUUCUGGGCUUCUGAGUUUCACAACAUUAGCAUCUGCUGAUGAGGCCGAACAUGGUUUAGAGUGUCCAAGCUAUCCCUGGCCACACAAAGGCAUUCUCAGUUCAUAUGACCAUAAUUCGAUUCGUCGUGGUCACCAGGUUUACCAACAAGUGUGUGCUUCCUGCCAUUCUAUGUCUCUAAUUUCAUACCGUGAUCUGGUGGGUGUGGCCUAUACUGAAGAGGAGACAAAGGCUAUGGCUGCUGAGAUUGAGGUGGUUGAUGGGCCUAAUGAUGAGGGUGAGAUGUUUACUCGCCCUGGUAAACUCAGUGAUCGAUUUCCUCAACCAUACGCCAAUGAACAAGCGGCUCGGUUUGCUAAUGGAGGGGCAUAUCCACCAGAUUUAAGUCUUAUUACCAAGGCUCGUCAUAAUGGUCAGAACUAUGUAUUUGCUCUUCUAACUGGUUACCGUGAUCCUCCUGCUGGUGUUUCGAUUCGAGAGGGGUUGCACUAUAAUCCCUACUUCCCAGGUGGAGCUAUUGCUAUGCCUAAAAUGCUUAUUGAUGAAGCUGUUGAGUAUGAAGAUGGUACCCCUGCAACAGAAGCUCAGAUGGGGAAAGAUGUUGUGUCAUUUUUGUCGUGGGCAGCAGAACCAGAAAUGGAAGAGAGGAAAUUGAUGGGAUUCAAAUGGAUAUUUGUACUGUCAUUGGCACUGCUUCAAGCUGCUUAUUACCGGCGCUUAAAGUGGUCCGUUCUCAAGUCUCGGAAACUUGUCCUCGACGUUGUCAACUAGCUUUCCCUCUGGCUUGAUCUUAAUCGUAUGCUCUUGUGGGAUGACUUGAAUUGGCAAUAAUUGCAUCGCUGUCUAUUUCAAAAUCUUUUUUUUUUCUUUUCGGUGCAUGAUAUUCUUCCUUUGAAGGUCUGGGUUUUGUUAUUUAUGUUAGAUUAAUUCAAUCUGUGAAAUUGGUAAGUUAGUGACCUGCAGUGUCUCAGUUUCACCUGCUGUUCUGAGGGGAAAAAUAAGCUACCUACUCAGAGACAUGAUACGUUAUGUUAUUUUUCUUUCCAGAAUGUCUCAAUUUUGAUUGGAUUUUUUGAACAGUGCCAAAAUUUGAAAUGUGCUCUAUGCAUUGAAAUACAAUCUCUAUAUACCUUGGCAA